CUGGUGAUGCUGGUGAGCUUCUGCAGAUCCACCUGUUGGUCUCAGUCCGCUCGGAGCUCAGCAGCAGGCUUCUGUUCAGGAAGUUCAGGAGGAACAACAGCUGAUUCAGGAGCAGGUGGUGCUACUGCUGGUAUCAUGGUACAACAGCAGUAGCACAAAUAUUAUCAUCAUUAUCAUGUGCAUCGCUGUUAUUGCUGGUAGUACUAGAAUGAGUAAUAUAUCAGGUUAGUUAUGUUAGUGUGAUAUUAUCUGUUGUAGAGUAAGGUGUAGUAGCAGUAGUAGCAGAACAACUAGUACUGUUAGUAGUAUUACUAGUAUUAGUUAGUAGUUAUUUAGUAGUUGCUGGUGAUGACAGACUGCAGACCGGACUACAUUGAGCUGCUUCAACAGGAAGUCAACAAAAAUCCCGACAGGCUGGUGGAUGUGGGGAAGGAGGAGGAGCAGGAGGAGGCGCCACCCUGCAGGACCCUCCCGCAACUCUGCUCCAUCCCCAGGAGACUGGUCAUCUCCUCGGGCCUUGGAGGAACACCGGUCACCCCACAGCUGACGGAGAGCCUGAGGAGGAUUUUGUUUGGUGGAACGUUUCACGUCUUCAACUACGAGUGGAGGAAAUCUUUCUUUCAGUUCAGAGAGCCGAACUCUGAGUUAUCCUACGCUCUGGAGACUGACAGGGGCGGGGCUCGGGCCAUUCAGAUGGUCGUCCAGGCUCGUAUCAUUAAAUACUUGCUGUUCAUCCGACUGAGCAGCUCAGACGGUCGGACGCUGCACAGUCUGUGUGAAGUAGGACAGAAGGAUCAGGAGAGGGCGCUGGCGGCAGCGCUGUCCGACAGCCUCUGGUUGGCCGGCCAGGAGGUCAGUGCCACCGUUACCUUGGUAACCGAAGACUACUGCAUCACACCUCACCUGGACUACAAACAGGACAACUUCACAGAGCGGUUGCAGCUGUUCACAUUUAACAAGGAAGAAGACGUCAGGAAGUUCAUCCUCGAGCACAUACAGUGUUUUAAAGAGGAGGGGAGUCAUGGAGUCAUCCUGUUCCUGUACAGCCUCAUCUGCUCCCGGACAGUCGACAGGCUGAAGGAGGAUCUGGACUCGACCACCUCCCACCUGCUGUACCUCAGUCUGGGAAACUUCGUCUGUCGACAGGCUUUGCUGAACCUGAUGCUGACAGGCAGGGCCAGUCCCAACGUCUUUAAUGGGACUCUGUACUUUGGAGAGGACGGCCGGCCUCUGGAGCGCCCCCUGCAGGGCAUCCUGUCUCGCAGUGACGUGGGAUAUCUACACUGGAGCCGAGAGCAGAUGGAGAGAGGCAGACUGCCACAGGUGGGCAGCAUGCUGAAGACGCCCCGGUUUCCCGUCUGGCUCUGCUGUAUAAACAGCAGCUUCUCCGUCGUGUUCAGUCUGAACCGCUCGCUGCUGUCGGACUGGAAGAUGGAGCAUCUGUUCCACCUUUACUACUACAACGGCCAGAGCUCACAGACAACCACAGCCAGACUGACUGUAGAUACUCACUCCCACCACUGGGAGGCGGCGGCCCGAGACUCAGACGGAGACCCGGAGAGAAGGUUUCCUUCUCUGGAGAUGACCAUCAGGACCAAGUGGGACGGAGCGGCGAUAGACUGGAACAGCACCGUACCUUUCUACUGAACACCUGACAGGAAGCUCCGUCAACAGAAACACCUGCCGCAGCGCCAAAAUCCACCAAUCAACAAGCAGCAACACGGCGUCCCGACAGGUUUCUCCUGUGAUGAUGAUGAUGAUGAUGACGCAUCACGUGAUCAGAGCUAUUAGACCGCUGUCUCACAGCCCUGCAGCGAUGCAACUGGACCUGGGUCGAGUCCGGGUCACAGAACCAAGUGGAUCUGUGAAGACCUUCACCUCUGAUCCUGUAACUGUUUCAGGUCCCAAACUUCUCAUUUCUCCACAAAUUAAAGGAUUGUCACCUGAUUUUCAGUGUCGUUUUUGUUUUAGAGAGAUAAUACUGACCAAAAACAACUAAAGCCUCAGUUUUAACACGUUACCCUGGACGCUGGCCCAGGUCGACCUUUAUUUCUGAAGGUCAUGAAGCAAACGUGAGCGUGUCUGCCCUCUGGUGGUCACAUCACAUCACUGAUUUACCCUGUUAACUAUAAACCUGCUGAUCAUUUAUCACAACAUCCAUCAGCUUUUAGACCCACUUCCUCUGAUACUCCGUCAGAGU